AUUUGAUUGGAGAAGCUGACGAAUGAGCAGCUCCUCCGCGAGAAUUUAUCAGAACGAAGAGUGAAGAAACAAUUUGACGAAAAAAGAGAGCUUCUGGCAUAUAACAUAACCCUUUCGAGAAAAAUAAAAAUGACGGAAGAGCCAGAAAAGUUGUCUUCUUCAACGUCACAGCAACCUUCUUCCGACAAGAAAUCAGAAGAUGCUGAGAUCAAACCUCAGGAUCGGGGUCAUGGUGUUUCUCCAAAGUAUCCGGUUUUAUAUCCGGGUCUUGUUCCCGGGUCGGAUCCUGGGUUUUACGAUGGACAUACGAACCGUGGAGCUGGUGUUUAUGCAGUUCCUGUUCAUCAGUUUGGAGGAAAUGUCGGUGGUGGUGUUUCUUCAAACUAUCUCAUCCCUCUCACUUACAAUGUUCCCACAACUAGGCCAAGCAAUGGGACUGAGGCUGGGGGAGAGAACCAAGCGCAAGCCGGGCAGGGUCAGCAGCAACAACAACAACCUGCACAUCAAAGGCAAGUGGUGGUACGGAGAUUUGAGAUCGCGUUUCAGCUUGACAUAUUCCUCAUACUCAAGCUUGCUGCUGUCAUCUUUUUGUUCCACCAAGACGGAUCUAGACAAAGGCUCGCUCUUCUUGUGAUUUCCGCUACCAUAAUCUACUUAUACCAAACUGGAGCUCUUGCACCUUUAAUUCGAUGGCUCUCACAAGGUAUGCACAGAGCAGCAGUACCACCUCGAGCUCCUCGACCUGCUGCGAGAGUUGAUAAUGAUCCCGCAGCUGCAAUGCCACUAAACCAAGAUGCUGUUCCAGAGGGACAAGAGAACGAAGCUGGUGAUGGGAACAGAGCAAACGCAAAUGAAAAUGUGGAUGCAGGAAGACAACAAGGGAAUCAAUGGUGGGGGAUAGUGAAAGAGAUUCAGAUGAUAGUUUUUGGCUUCAUAACUUCACUACUCCCUGGCUUCCACAACAUAGAUUAGACCCUCUCCUUUUUUUUUCUGGAGACUCUCAAUCUUCUUUAACAGAAGAAAGUGUUAUGUCCUACUCUGUCGUAUGUGAAGAAAGUACAGAAAAUUUAACUUUUGAGACACAAAUUUAGAUGAAUGUGCGCUGCAGUAGUUUUCAUGUUUUCCGAAGCUCCUUGAGAGCUGUUAUGGCUGUGACUUGUACCAUUUCAACCAAGUUGGUCG